AUGCGAUCACGCACAGGCUGCUUGACGUGUCGUACUCGAAAGCUCAAAUGCGACGAGCAGAAACCAGAGUGUACGCAGUGUCGCAAAGGCGGGAGAGAAUGCCGCCCAAGCGAAGGCAUUGUCUUUCGCCAUCAACAAAAUGCGUCGAUGAAUAAAGAUCUCGAGGAAUCAUCACCCGGUCGUGGUAAUCUGAGGGGAUUUUAUUCGUACAAGAAUACCUUCGACAAGGAUAGUGUUUGGUUGGAUAUUCCGAAGCACGUGAUCUUUGUCGAUAAUUCGGAUCCUUAUGCGGAAGACCUUGAGGCUACACUGGGUGAAACGGAAGCUGCUCUUCUUGCUGCGAACGCGCAGAGCCGGGAAUGGGAGAGUAAUAUUCGGAAUUCUUCUGUUGAUGGUGAGACACAUGGGUUGGAGGCUUUGUCAACGGCAGCGGCGAAUGAUCGUUUCCCGUACCAUUCGCUUGGAGACCAUCAGUCGCUGGCGACAGAUAGUACACCCUUUAGCAACGUCGAUAUUCCUGCCUCCGUAUCGUCUGGUCCAUCUCCGAUGCCCCCGCGCAGCGCCUUACCCUCGGCAACCUCUCCCAUGUCGAUUGCAUCGACCGGCAACAAUAAUAUCAACUUUCUUCUUAACCCUUCACAUUCCCUGUCACCGCCACUUGACCCGGGUAUUCCGCGUACCCUCGAACGGAGAAGCUCCUCGUUCACAUCCAGAUCAGGAGUGUCGCGAAGCACGAUUGCAGAGCUGAGAGCGGAUGCAAAUGCAGAAACAGAUCAUAAAAUUGCUUUUCUUCUGAGGCACUAUACAGAGGCACCGGGGCUCUGGAUGGAUCUUUUUGACCUAGGAACCUAUUUUGCUUCGUAUGUCCCCGUAAAGGCGCUUAACAACCCCCUCCUAAAGUAUGCUGCUUGUGCAUAUGCCGGGAAACAACUGGGUCGCGUGAAGGGCGUUAAAGCAUCGGUUGGUGGAAACUGCUCCAAGCACGCUUCUAUGGAGACAUGGCCGGAUGAGAUAGAUUGGUAUUGGGAAGGCGCCAAGUAUUAUGAAAAGGCGAUCCAACUUCUGAUGAAGGAGCUGCAGCCGGAUGAAGGUCCCCCGCCCUUGAGUACACCGGAGGCAUUUGGUCAGUGGCAGGCCGCUGAGUUAUGUGAGGAUGCUGAGAACCCUCGCAAGCGCCGGAGGCGUUUCUCUGAUAGUCGAUUCUCGAAUGGAGUCCACUCGGAUGAAGUGCUCGCUGCGGCGGCCAUAUUAUCUGUAUAUGAAUUUCUUGAUGCAACUGGCCCGGCGUGGAACCGCCAUUUGAGUGGAGUCAAGUCACUUUUAGAUGUUGUUCAAGUUGGAAUGAUGCCUGUUGAGCAGCGAUCGUCUCCUGCAGAUGCUGGUUUCCAGCCACCCAAGAAGUCUGGACUGUCCAAGGCAAGAAAGGCGACGUUUUGGAACUUUGCUCGACAGGAUUAUUUGGCAGCCUUUAUUAACGAGACUCACACAAGGCUGAAUACCGAUGACUUGGUGUUGUGGACAGAAGCCGGCCUUCAAAUCGAUAAUGCUGGUUUCGUGCGUCCUAGCAACAUGUACGCAGCUGGUUACCCGGAAGGGGACGAUGUGAUGAGGGAGGAUCUUAUCUCCAAUGCGCUCAUAUGGAUUCUCUCAAAGAUCGUCAAUUUCAUUAGUGCUGGCGACAAUGUUCAUUUGAACAACAGUAAUUCUAUCGACACAGGCCCUCUCGGUGUUUCACAGCAGGUGCUCCUCGAACGGUGGUAUCGUCUUGAGGCCGAACUUGAUGCCUGGCACAGCGGGCUUCCUGACACAUUCCGACCAGUGGCUCGGAUUGAGCCGUCACGGCUGCCCAAUAAACCUGCAGAGGAUGAUGACGUCUCAUCAUUCCCAGAAGUAUGGCACAGCAUUCCCAUGUGUGCAGCAACCAUGCAGCAUUACCACAUGGCACGUAUUCUGCUUCUCAUUAAUAAACCCCACGAGUCAACCAGUAGACGAAGUACAAUCACGAACCGACUUAACUCAUACCGCUCGAUUGAGAGUGAAAUCCGCUUUCACAGCCGUGAGAUCUUGGGCAUUUCCAUGUCCCGUCCUGAUGGCACGGUCCGCAUCCACGCACUUCAGCCGUUGUUUGUCAGUGGUCAAUGUCUCACUGAGCCCCAUGAACGACGGAUGAUUAUUCGGCUGCUGCGGGGCAUCGAGUCUGAUCUUGGUUGGGCCACUGAGUAUCGUGUCAUGCAGUUGCUUCGGGAGUGGGGAUGGGACGAAGACCCUGCUGCCCUGGGUGUUUGUUAA